AUGACAAAAGCAAUUGUGAUACAUGACGAAGAGGCUCCGAAUAUCACCAACAACCCAUUUCCUGCUCACAACAAUGCUCAUGUUGAUGGGAUGAUUUGUGACAAUAGGGAAUACAAGAAAAUAGGCAAAAUAAUAAUGGAAAUUGACACCUUAAAAGAAGGGUUAGGUAUGGCGACAAAGUCCGCGCAAGAAGCACCAUUGAUUGUAAAAGGUGCAAGUUCUAAUGCAAAUCUCAGAGGCUCGGGGAAGCUGAUAUUGUGUGGUCAAAAUCAGAAUAGUUUAGGAAAGCUAAUAGAGCCAAUUGUGAUAAAACAGAAGACACAACUUCUAGUGACAAACAUGAAUACUGUCCCAUGGAACUAUCACAAAACCCCUGUGACUUACAAUGGCAGAGAGAUCAUUGAAGUAAUAGAUGAAACCGAUGGCUUAACCCGUUCUGGAAGGUGUUAUGCUCUAGAAGAAUUAAGAAGGGCCAAACAAGCUAGGGAUAGUCAAUUUCCAGUGAAAAAGCCUGUUACUGAAGAAGAGGCUGAAGAGUUCAUGAAGAAGAUGAAAGUUCAGGAUUACUCUAUUAUUGGCCAGUUAAGGAAAGCUCCUGCUCAUAUCUCAUUACUAUCUUUGCUCAUACCUUCUAAAGAGCACCGUCAAACAUUGAUUAGAAUUUUGAACGAAACAUAUUUUUCGGACAAAACAACCGUGAGUCACCUUGAAAAGAUGGCUAACAAAAUAUUUGAGGUGAAUAGAAUCACUUUCACCGAUAAUGAGUUGCCUGUGGAAGGAUCCAGGCAUAACAAGGCUUUGCAUUUUACUGUAAAAUGUGAAGAACAUUAUGUGAAAAGAGUCAUGAUUGAUGGAGGCUUGGGUGUGGACAUAUGCCUCCUUUCUACUUUGCAGAGUCUGAAAAUCAACAUAGACAGAAUUUGCACUAACAAUGUGGGCGUCAGAGCUUUUAAUGGCGCAAAUAGAGACACCAUUGGUGAGAUCGAUCUUACUUUGACAAUUGGACUUGUUGAUUUUGGGAUUAUGUUUCAAGUUAUAGACAUGGAUACCUCCUACAACUUGCUUUUAGGGAGGCCAUGGAUCCAUGCAGCCAGGGUGGUUCCAUCUACUUUACACCAAGUAGUCAAGUUUGAAUAUGAGAAACAAGAAAUCAUUGUUCACGGUGAAGAUGAUCUUUCAAUAUAUAGAGACCCAUCUGUCCCAUGCAUCGAGGACAUGGAAGGUUGUGCAUCCCUUGUAUAUCAGACCUUUGAGAUAGUGGUUGCUGAUCAGUUCAUCGAAAGGAAGUCUAUCCCAGAGCCUCGUCUCUUCUCUACUUCAGUCAUGGUGGCCACACAAAUGCUGCAAAAAGGUUAUGAGCCAGGAAAAGGUUUGCGAGUGUCGUUGCAAGGAAUUGUUGCCCCUAUCUCUCCAUUUGGUAAUCAAGAUACUUUUGGGUUGGGUUUUAGGCUAACUAAAGCUGACAGGAAAUGGGUAAAAGAGCAGAGAAAGAAGGUUUGGAAACUGCUGAAACCAGUUCCUCACAUUACCGAGUCCUUUUCUAGAUCCCGACUUGAAGAGAACCAUGAUGUGUCUGUCCAAGGUGACAUGGACAAAAUGUGUCAAGGUCUCAGCGAAUUGUUCUAUGAGGGUGGUAAUCCAGAUAGUUUAGGUUCUUUGCUUUGA